UACGUCCGUCAAUCUACGUUUACGCUGCGUCGUUGUGUGCCCGCGCCCUUAUACUUGACAGUGUACGAUAAGAAGGUGAAUUCGGCUGAUAACUCAAAAACGGGCAAGUCAUUUCACUUAAUCUGUAACUAAAAACUUAAUUCUAAAUACUUUAGGUAGCAUUCGCUUAAGAUAGCAGUCCAACCAGCAGCGUUCGGAAUCAGCCAUUGGUUUAAUAAAUGGCUAGGCAGCGACGCAAUGUUAGCGCAGCUGGCAGCAGCACGAAUUCAAACACUGGCAACAGCACUGCCGGCAAGUCCAGUGGGAGCAAUCCGCAAACGCCAACAAAUGCUGCUACCAAUAACCCAAGCAAAGGCAGCAAAAGUUCCGCCAAACACAAGAAGAGUGACUCGCACUCGACAAACAGCAGCGGAGGCAACAGCAAUUCUAGUUCUAGUACAACGUCCUCUCCUAACCCCGGAGCAAAUAAGUCAAAAGGAGCACACAAGAAUCGUAACAGUUUCUCAUUGUGGCCCAAUAUAAUGUUGGACAAAUGGAAAACGCUAAUAGGUUGUGUUUGCUUGGGCGUUGCAUCCUAUUUUGGCUACUUGGGUUACCUAGAAACGCGUGUAAAUACACCAUUCGAUAAUGAAAAGAUGGUAACACGCACAGGAUUGGACGACCCCGAGCGUUAUUGGGGUUCAUAUAGGCCAAAUACUUAUUUUGGGAUGAAAACACGUGACCCGCACUCCUUGAUAAUGGGGCUGAUGUGGUAUAGUCCUUACAAUUUGGGACAUGGGGGUAGAGGCAUACGCCAUUGGUGUGAAAUAGGGGACAACUUGGAAAAAUACGGUUGGACGCAUCAUGAUGGCCGCACAUUUGGUGUGCAAGAAAUACGUGAUCAGCCAUUUGAACUGAAGACUUCUUUUGUUAAAUAUCCGACUGGUAAACAAUUCGGAGGCGAUUGGACAGCGCGUAUAUCUGCGCAAAAUAUUUCGAAAACAUUCGAUCGCACAUUUUCAUUGAUUUGGUAUGUAGCG